CCUUUCUAUCAAACUCCACUCCACCACCCCUUGAUUUCCUUUCCAAACCAUUUCCUCUCACCUUUCUUUAUACUUAUACUAGCAUCCAAUUUCAAUCUUCAACAAAAAUCAAAAUGUGUCGAGGGUUUGUAGAGAACGAGAGAGAGAAUCUGAAGAUCAAAGCUUUCUACACUCAGCUAUCAGUCUCCCGCGCCUCCCUUCUCCCGCCGGAUUUCCUAACCCUGCAUUUCCUCCCCCGCAUCAGCGGCGGCCGCCUCGAGAUCAACGGGUCCAGCAUCCGACCCGACUCGCCCGCCUUCCUCACGCUCCACCGGGCCGUCUCCGAGGGCGGGUUCAACUACGGGAGCAGGGAGCGGGUCACGGUGUGCGAGGGCGCGAGGUUCGAGAUCUACGUGGGGGAUGUCAGGGUGCUCAAGGGCGUUUUCAGGAAAUUCGACGACGGCGAUGACUGGAAUAUGGAGUGCAAAUGCGUGCUGUCGGCCGCCGUGAGUGGGGUCGGCGGCGCUGAGGUGGCUGUGGAGGCGGAGGGGCUGGGGAAGGUCAUGAGGCAGAAGCUGGAGAUGGUGGCGGAGGUCAGGCGGAGGAGGAGGUGUUGCGAGCUGGAGGAGAUUCCGGAGGUGAGGGAGGAGGAGGCGGGAUCGGGUGCCUGCUGCUGCAGCGAAUGCGGCGGAGAGGAAGAGGAGAGCGGCGGAGAUGGGGAGAUGGAGAUGGAGAUGGAUGUGGAGGCGGUCAAUUGGGCGUUGGAUGUGGGGAUUUGGGUGGUUUGUUUGGGGGUUGGUUACAUGGUUUCAGCUUCCUCGCUCAAGAAACUUACAAGAAACAGAUUAUUCCAUUAGUUUCCUUCCUUUGUAUAUUAGUACUCUGUUUUUCGGAUCAGUUUUGUAAUGCUGUGAACUUUUCUUAUAUCGUUCACUAAGAGAAUAUAUAUAUAUGAAGUAUAGUAUCAUUUUCAUAA